AUGAAUGGAGUUCCAUUUGAGUUUGGAGAGGAUUGUUUACAAGCAUUCAAGGUGCUCAAGGAGAAACUUACUUCAGCGCCUAUAGUCAUUGCACCUAAUUGGGAGUUUCCUUUUGAGCCGAUAUGUGAUGCGAGUGACUAUGUAGUUGGAGUAGUUUUGGGGCAGCGAGUCGACAAGGUAUUUUGCACUAUCGACUAUGCUAGUAAAACCCUGAAUGAUGCUCAGCUGAAUUAUGCCACGACAGAGAAUGAGCUUUUGGCCAUAGUUUUUUCUUGUGAUAAAUUCAAACCGUAUCUAAUUGGGAAUAAGGUAAUUGUAUAUACUGACUACUCUGCCAUUAAAUACCGUAUGACCAAGAAGGAUGCAAAGCCAAGGCUUAUUAGAUGGGUUCUCUUGCUACAAGAGUUUGACUUGGAAAUUAGAAACAAGAAGGGCACGGAAAACCUUGUGGCGGAUCAUGUGUCUAGGCUAGAAGUAGAAGAAAGUCAAAACAUGAAAGAAGUCCAGAUAAAUGAUGAUUUCUCAGAUGAACAGUUAUUUUCCUUGAAGGAAAGUUUGACGGUCCCAUGGUUUGCAGACUAUGUGAACUUCUUAGCUGCAAAUCUAACUCCUCCAGAGAUGUCAAGGCAACAACUAAAGAAACUUUUCUCCAAGGCAUAUGAUAGAUUCCAAAGGACUGGGAACAUCUUAAGAAGAAACAAAAUGCCUUUGACUGGAAUUCUUGAAGUGGAACUGUUUGAUGAUGUGGACUAUGUUUCAAAAUGGGUGGAAGCAGCUGCAACACAUGCAAAUGAAGGUAAAACGGUCCUCAACUUUCUUCAAAAAUAUAUUUUUACUCGGUUUGGAACUCCUCGAGCUAUCAUCAGCGAUGAAGGGGGUCACUUUUCUAACAAGAAAUUUGAGGCUUUACUGGAGAGGUAUGGGUUGCGACACAUAACUGCUUUGCCUUACCAUCCUCAAAGUAAUGGUCAAGCAGAGAUUUCAAACCGAGAGGUGAAAAGUAUUUUGGAGAAAACUGUGCAGCGAUCAAGGAAAGAUUGGUCUAAGAAACUCGAUGAUGCAUUAUGGGCAUAUAGGACAGCUUUCAAGACACAUAUUGGCAUGUCGCCAUAUAGGUUGGUUUUGGGGAAGGCAUGUCACCUUCCGGUGGAACUUGAGCAUCGAGCUUUUUGGGCUAUGAAGACACUGAAUAUGGACAUAGCAGCAGCAUGA